ACCGUUGACCUACAAAAUAGAUAGAUUUCAGUUUUCAGUUCUAUUUGCAAUAAUGCUUAACGCAUAAUCAAUGAUAAGGCAAAAUUAAAAAUUUCAUUUCUAUCGUAGUUAUCCCGCGAUAUAUAAUAAUUAUGAACUUUACACCGCUUAUCGCAAUUCCAUCUUUGACGUUUUGCUGACAGAAAUACGAUCAUAUAUGCCAACUGAUAAUGUGAAAGAACUGCCAUAUUUGGUUUGAUAUAACUGAAAAGGGAUUAAUUUUUACUACAGAUCAGAUUUAUCAUAUUUUUAAUGGAAGCGAAAAGACCGUCGUUAGAUUCUUUAGAUGAUAUUAUUUUAGAGCCAUUUUUAAAUGAUGGCUAUGCAGAACUUCACGAUGAUUUACAAGAAAACGUUUUCGAUUAUCAGGAAGAAACGCUAUACGAACAUAAAACACAUUGUUCGAAUAAUGGAAAAGUCAAUAAUGAUGUAAAUGAAUUAAUAGAAAAUAAGGGAGAUGAAAAGGAAAAAUUAAUUAAUAACAAUCGUGUUGAUAACGUGAAACACGAGGAAAUAAUAUCCGAAAAACAUUCUUUAAGGAAAAGAAAAGCGGAUUUUGAAAUGGUAAAUCAUUGUAAAAAUAGAAAAAUACAGGAGAAUUCUUUACGUAAAGAAUAUUUUAACAGAAACGGAGUUUAUGAAGCAAAAAGGGACGUAAAUAUCAACAGCCUCAGUUGUAAAAACUAUAUUUUUAUCUCACUUAAAAUUUCAGCUUUACUUUGUCUUCUGAGUAUUUUCAUUUAUUAUAUAUAUAUAUACUAUUUAUUUUAAAAUUUUAAAUGUGCUUUUAUAUUAAUAUAAAAUA